CACUUUCAUUGAAGUCUCGAGAAGUCCCUUCUUCGUUCAACACAAAUCGAAAGAACCAACGUCAAUGAUUUAUGAUGUAUGAAAAAAUUGUAAACUGUAUAUGUAGCUUUCUUCUCUGAAGAAAAGCUUCAUAAUUGAAUAAUUGAUCAACUAAGCGAUUUUGUGAAUUGUGAACGCGAUUAUUGUGUUUUCUUGUAUUUUACCGUAAUUAUGAUGAAUAGUUCUCCUGCGUGUUUUCUACAUUUGCUUUCAUUACAAAUUUCCCAUUUGAUAGUUCGUGAUUUCCUCUCGUUCGUUUAACCAUGAAGCGAAGCAGUAGUCGUAGCAGUUCCCGAAAUCGCCGAAAAAGAAGAGCCAGUUAUGGAAAAUAUGAAAGUCCAUCUCCAGAAAGAACUUAUUCGCGUAGUCGUGUACGAUCUCCUUCAAGGGGAAGAUCUCGAUCUCGGCGAGCCCAUUACGAUGAACAUGAAAGGUAUUCUCCUUCAAGCGAUUCAAAUAAAGCUCAUCAGCCUUUCAAAGUUUUAUGCGUAAGUGCCCUGCAUGGCGACGCCAGUGAUGAAGUCAUUAAGGAUAUAAUAUAUAACGAAUAUAAAAGAUACGGCGAGUUUGUAGUUAAAAUAUCUCGAGGAGUUGAUGAACGAGUCGCGUACAUAUGUUUUAAAAAUGCAGAAGAUGCUCGAGAAGCGAUGCGUAGCAAGCGACGAAUUUUGAUUUACGACAAAGUGGCAAUAGUGGAACCAGUCUUCGAAAAACUUCGACAUCUUGAUGAUCGUUAUCGAACCCGAUCUAAAUCACAUUCUCCCGAUUACGAUCGCUAUUAUAGAAGAUUACCAUCAGCAGGUGAUCCGUCUAGAUAUUAUGAGAGGUUACCGUACGUUCCUAUGCCAGUACCUGCGGAUUAUCGACGAGACAUGAUUCCUUUGCCGGGUCCGGAAUUUUUACCUUUACCUCAUAUGCUACAUCCUCUUCCUCCGCCUGUUUACGGUCCCAGACCAUUUCUACCUUAUCACGGACUACCAUAUCAUGCGAAUACAUUUCACGAACCAAAAAAAUUUCCCAACUAUUUGACCCAUAUACCUCCUGAAGACGAUGUUCUAGCUACCAGAACUCUUUUUGCUGGUAACCUAGAAAUAGGCACUUCCAAAGAAGAUUUGCGUAGAAUAUUCGCACCGUACGGUCAAAUCGAAGAUAUAGACGUUAAACGUCCGGUCGGAGGAAGUGGUACAGCGUAUGCUUUUGUACGGUUUAAAAAUCUUGAUAUGGCACAUAAAGCUAAAGUCGAUCUAUCUGGGAAAAUAUUCGGAAAAUAUCAAUUAAAAAUAGGAUAUGGAAAAGCCACUCCCACAACUAGGAUAUGGGUUGGUGGUUUAGGACCUUGGACUUCUUCUGUACAGUUGGAAAGAGAAUUUGAUCGCUUUGGAGCGAUUAAGAAAAUUGAUUAUGAUAAGGAUGAAAACUGCGCUUAUAUACUAUACGAUUCCAUAGAUGCUGCUACAUCAGCUGUCAAAGAAAUGCGUGGUUUUCCAUUAGGUGGAUCUGAUCACAAAUUGCGCGUAGACUUCGCAGACGUUGGUUCUAGCAGUCCUUGUAAAUCUGACCAUGAGUAUGGUCGGUGUGACGAUGAUGGUUAUCGUUCUAAAAAGUCCCACGCGUACAAUGGUCGAAAUUACGAUUCAGAAGAAGAUUGGGAUAAGAGCGACUCCGAACGUAGGAGCAGCUAUGAAAGAGAUCGUGGCCGCAAAUCAAGAAGUCAAGACCGCAAAUCUGGCGAUAUGUCGUUACGAGAAGCGCAAACACUUUCUGAUGUAAUUUUCAGUUGUAAUAAAACAUGGGAAGGAGCAUUCGUUCUGAAAAACUCCUUAUUCCCAGUGAAGUUUCAUUUGACUGAUGGUGAUUCGAGUAUAAUAGACAAUACUUUGAACGAAGAAAAAAAUUAUAUGCUUAAAAUUACUCAGCGCUUGCAUUUAAAUCCAACUAAACUAAAUGACGUAUCGAAACAGAUCUCUUCAUCCGACUCGUAUGCGAUAUUUUUAGCAUUACCAAAUUCUACAGUAAAGUUAUCUUUUGACGAUAACUCUCUGCAACGAAAAUCUAUUCAAAAUUUAAUUUCGUAUUUGAAGCAGAAAGAAGCUGCCGGUGUUCUUCAAUUCUCCAACAAAGAAAACGAAGCGACUGGCGUAUUAUACGCUUUCCCUCCUUGUCCAUUCGCGUUAGAUCUUUUGAAGAAAACUGCUUACAAUCUGAACGAAGAUAAUAUCAAGAAAGAUCAUCUUAUAAUUGUUGUCAUGAAAGUUUGAGCUAUUUGCGAUGAGAGAAAUACACUCUUGACUACCUGGAUUUGACGUCGUAAAUAUUACAAUUUACGAAAUGAAAUUCCGUAUCAUUUUCUUCAGAGAAGAAGAAACAUUUUUUUAUUUACUUUCUAGAUUGUUUGGUUUGUUUUACUUAUUUUAUACAAAAAAGAAGUUUUGUUGUAAGUAAUCUUGAAUGUACAUAUUAUUGUUUGUUUGUAUUUAUUUAUUAUUUUUUACAAGUCACCGAGUUUGACGCUUACAAUUCUUUCUGUACGCCUAUAUUUGUUGAUCUUUUUGAAUACAUUUUAUUUGACGAACCAUUA